AUGAGUCUUAGUGUUUAUUUAUCAUUUAAUGGUAAUUGUGAAGAGGUAAUGAAUUUUUAUAAAGAUAAAAUUGGUGCAAAGGUUGAAUCGAUCAUACGUAUUGAAGAUGUUCAAGGAAAAUGUGACGGAAUAUCUGACAAAGAAGAAGAUAAAAAGAAAAUAAUUCAUGCUGUUAUGUAUAUUAAUGAUACAAAAUUAAUGUGUUCAGAUUGUCGUAGUGAUAAAGCAAUUAUUGGAGAUAAUUUUUCAUUAUCAUUUGAUUUCAAGAAUAUUGAUGAAAUACAACGUACAUUUGAUGCAUUAUCAAAUAAUGGUGGCACAGUUACAAUGCCAAUUCAAGAUACGUUUUGGAAUGCAAAAUUUGGUAUGUGUAAAGAUAAAUUUGGAAUUCAUUGGAUGUUCAAUUAUGAUAAAUUAAAAUCUUAA